UGUUUUUGUUGUUUUCAUUCAAAAACUGUAAUUUUCUGCUGCCUACAGAUGAAGCCCGAUGCCCUAUCGAAGCUGUCCCCGACCUACUCCCCCCCGCAACACCCACCACACCAUCCGCAGCAUCUCGACCAACAGCAGCAUCACCACCUCGACCCGCUCGUCAAGCAGCAGCAGCAUCAGCAACAGCACCAGCAGCAGCAGCAGCAGCAACAGCAACAACACAAGCAGCAGCAGCAGCAGAACCACCCCCCGCACCACCCGGGCCACCACGCGGCGCAGCAGCAGCAGCUGCAGCAGCAACACGACCCCUCCAGCAUUAACGACGGUAUGGACGUGGUGAGCACCACCUCUAUGUCCAAGCGGUCCGAGUCGUCCUCCGACCACAGACUGACCGCUGGCCGGCCCUACACCCCAGACGACUGUCGCUCGGACGGUGAGGGCGCGCUCAUGGGCUCCUCCAAGGACAACAAAGAUGGCGGGCCCGGCGGCGGGGGCGGGAUGGGAGGCUUCAACAGGAGCGUGUCGAGUGACGACGGCCUCAACAGCCCCGACGAUCACCGCAUGGACACCGGCUACGACCGUAACGGCGAUGACGACAUGAUGAUGGGAGGCGACCACGACAUGGGCGACAACGAGAACGAUUAUGACGAGGAUCUGGACGACGGGCCCGGAGGAUUCAGUUCUGAUAGAGGACGGAAUGAGGGAGGAGGAGGAGGAGGG